CACUGGAAGACGAGCUCGUGUUGUCUUCUUUUAGCGCUCCAAACAAAUUUUCUUUACUUAUUUAUCCAAUUAUUAUUUCACCGUACUGUACAUAUUUUGAUUUUUGUCAUUUUAGAUUGCGUGCGCAUGCUUUCACUUGUCUUUUGGCGCAUUAACCUUGUCCUGCAUGUCGGGCAGAUUAGAGUCCAUAAACAACAGUGAAUGGCUCUAACCAACAACUAAAAUGCCUGCAUUUGCUUUCAAGUCGACAUCAGUCAAGGUCCUAACAGGACUUUCACGUUGUCUUUGGUUUGGACGCAGCAAGUUUACCAAAGCAAGAAUUCCACAAGAGCUUUUUGCAAAGUGGUCACAGGAACACGAGAAAUACGGUGGCGAUCCCGAGCAGCCUCACAAACUCCACAUAGUGACGCGAGUCAAAAGUGUGAUGAGACGGCCGUACUGGGAGAAAGACAUGAUGAAGCACCUGGGCCUCCAGAAGGCGCACGUGCCUGUGAUCCACAAGAACACACCUGCGGUCAACAGCAGACUCAAGUUCAUCAAACAUCUUGUCAGGAUUGAGCCGUUGCGGACUCCGUACGGUCUCCCCAGCGAGCAGGACAUGGCUGACAGCUACAUCAACAGCAAAGGAGAGCUGAUCGUUCGACGCCUGCUGACACCGCUCCAACCCAAGGCCAUAAAGUCUUAGUUCAUUCACACAGCUUUGUCAAACCGCUCUUCGGUGGUGACCCAGUUUGACCCGCGAAUGACUCGCUAACCAACUCAUCACCAGAAAUAUGGAAUAAAAAUAAUAAUUGUCGAA